AUGUUCAAUUUGAUGAAAAACCUCCCUAUUACCACAAGACUCAUGAAGCUAUUGGUCAGGGGGAGGAUCAAUUUUUUUGAUUUGUUUCCGUUGCCUAUUCCUGCUACAAGUACUGACUCCAGUCAUCCUAUGUCUUCUAUUGCUCAUCCUUCAUCUCAUGAGCCUGAAGUUGAAAUUCAGAAUGAACCUAUUGAAGACUCAGACAAUUCUCUGAAUCAUCAUGAGGACCAAAGAAAUAUAGAAGCCUCUAAUGCACCCCUGAGACGUAAUCUUAUGCGUGAUCAUCAUCCUCCUUCAAGGCUGCAAGAUUAUGUCACAUACACUGCCAAGCAUCCCAUCACCAAUUUUGUAUCUUAUCAAAAGUUCUCACCACGUCAUGCUGCCUUCCUUAGUGUUGUUUCUAGUGCUCAUGAUCCACAAAGCUUCCAGGAUGCAACUCUUUAA